GCUCUCACUCUCCAGUUCCUCCGUAGGGAAAUGGUCAGUAGGUUGGUUUCGGUGGAUCGUUGGGCGGCGGGCAGUCAGGCGUAUUUCCUGACUCACCUUCACUCCGACCACACCAACGGCCUCUCUUCUUCCUGGGCCAAUGGUCCUCUCUUCUGUUCCCGCACCACCGCCAAACUCUUCCCUUUCAAAUUUCCCGAAUUCAACCUCUCCUUGAUUCGCAUCCUCCAAAUUGGCACCUGGCACUCCCUUUCUCUUCUCUCGCCAUGUGGCUCUGAGACACACCUCCAGGUCAUGGCCAUCGACGCUAUCCACUGUCCUGGUUCGGUGAUGCUCGUGUUCCGUGGUGAGUUUGGCUGCUUGCUUUAUACUGGCGACUUUCGUUGGGAAGCAACUUGCGAGAGGGCCAUGAGGAGCAGGGACAUGCUCCUCGGCGCUCUCAAGGAUCAAGUGGUUGACAUUAUUCACCUGGAUAAUACAUACUGCAACCCUUCGUAUGAUUUCCCCCCUCGACAAAUCGCGGCUAACCAGGUUGUUAACAUCAUUUUGUCCCAUCCUGAGCACGACAUCAUUAUUGGGAUUGACACUUUGGGGAAAGAGGAUCUUUUGCAUCAUAUUGCACGCGUGCUUAAAAUAAAGGUCUCUUCCUAUCCAUUCUUGAGAAUUUGGGUGUGGCCAGAGCGCUUGCGGACUAUGCAUCUUCUUGGAUUUCAUGAUAUUUUUACCACAAACACUUCUCUUACUAGAGUGAGAGCUGUCCCUCGGUACAGCUUUAGCAUCGAAACAUUAGAGGCACUCAAUAAAGUUCAUCCAACUAUAGGAAUCAUGGCUUCAGGUCUUCCGUGGCUGAAGACGGGCCUUCAAAUGAGUGGAACUCAUGCUGGUUCCUUCCGGAUAUCUCGUUCUGAAAGAGCUCCAUGGAGUGCAAAUUGUGAGGUCCAAAGUGAUCGGCAAGUUGGAAAUACAGGACCAUUAGAAAGGUUUCAUGAGUACAUUUAUUCAGUCCCAUACUCUGAUCACUCAAAUUUUGCAGAGUUAAAGGAAUUUGUGAAGCUUGUCCGACCAAACACCCUGAAGGGCAUUGUAUCUUCGUCAUCAUGUUAUAUCGAGCCAAUGUACUAUCUAGGUAGACACUGUGGAAUCACGCAGCCUGCAAGACAGUUGCAUAUGAAGCAUACAAGCAAAGGAACCAUUGAAAGAGUAGUCGCUGUCAGCACCAAAGCUUCAACUCUCGAUGAUGAAUUUGUCAAGUCAGAGAGCAAAAGACGAAAGACAUUGAAGGUUAAGUCUUCAGGAUCUCGCUCGACCAAAUUCAGUAUAUUGAGAAGAAGGGGGCGUGGAGCAAAAAUAUCGGAAAAUGACGGUCCUCAUAAUAGCUGAGAACCGUCUUGGAAGAUGGUUCCGAAAAUAAAGGAUUAUGAGCAUUCAUGGAGUUCAGAAACUACCUCGGAAGUCCCCUUGCGAGUUAUGAUCUGCCUAGUUCCUCAACUCCAGAAUUUUUAACGGCGCAUCACUGCAUUGUAAUCCUCUUUGUAUAGAAUGUUUGUUAUGGAGAUCAGGAUGAAAUAUGAUUUCUUAUGUUUCUCAGAUGUAAUAUUUGUUUGGAAGCCAUGUUCGGCCUAACUUCAGCAAGGGAGAGAAGCUGUGUAUUAUUUUCCUGAAGAAAUAUCUUUGGAAAGAAAAUGCUCGGCAAAUGUUUUUUUGGCAAGAAUCAGUUGUUUGAGUUAUGACGAAAUCAUUUUUCGCGAUGGAAUUGUAGUAAAGUUGAGGAAAAACAG